AUGCCAAUGUCCAGCGACUUGGCCGCGGCUAUUGAAGAUGAGGACCCCCACGUAUCGCAGGGGCGCCCCACCUACGAGAUUUCCGCUUUCCAAAAGAUGAUCUCGGCCUGUUCCGGAUCACUUAUCACCUCAUUUGCAGUAACGCCAUUCGAUGUGGUUCGAAUCCGUAUGCAGCAGCAGGAGGUCAUGAAGCCACCGGUGGGCUGUUGCGAGCCGCUGGCAAAAAAUGGCGCUUUUCCGAAGCGCGUGGCGCCAGUUCUGCCUGUUUUAGACCUGUUCUCACCAAAGGUGUUCUGGGUAAACCAGCACUAUUGUAAUUCUCCGCAGACAUGUCCAAAGAUCACCGGCACGUUCCAAGGAAUGAUGAGCAUCACCCAUAAUGAAGGCGUUCGUGCGCUCUGGCGGGGACUUUCGCUCACGCUAUUUAUGGCUGUACCAUCCAACAUCAUCUAUUUCACCGGAUACGAGUAUAUUCGUGACCGAUUUAUUUUCCAGCUGCCGGUCAUCACCCCGCUUCUAUGUGGGUCCUUGGCGAGAGUCAUGGCCGCCACGGUCAUUUCUCCAGUGGAGCUCUUGAAGACCCGGUUCCAGUCCAUUCCUUCGGACAGUUUGAGCGGGAACGCGGGCGCAGGCGCACGCAGCAAGGUGCUCGUGUCGUUGAUACGUGAUCUGGCGAAGUUGGUGCAAACACACGGUGUCGGCUCAUUGUUCCGUGGAUUAAAGAUCACGCUCUGGCGCGAUGUGCCAUUUCUGGGUAUAUACUGGCUGAGCUACGAGUAUUUCAAGAAGACGUUUGGUAAGGCAUUGGAUGUGAGUUUCGAUAGCCAUGCCCAAAAGCAAGAAGACUGGAAAAUCUUCACGGUGAGUUUCCUUUCAGGGUCUCUAGGCGGACUGAUAGCUGCGCUCUGCACCAACCCCUUUGAUGUUGGCAAAACGCGGCUCCAGAUCCAGGCAGAGGCUGACAAGAAGCCCAAGUUGCGCCAAUCGAUGUUCCGCUUUCUCUAUACCAUCUACCAGAAGGAGGGCAUUUCGGCGUUGUAUGGUGGCUUUGCACCUCGGGUGAUGAAAGUGGUUCCGCUGUGUGCAAUCAUGGUCUCUUCAUAUGAGAUCGGAAAGAAAAUAUUUAAGGAUACCUUGUAA